AUGGCGCCGGGAACAUCUCCCCGCAACAUCGCUCAAAAGCCACGCCUCUUCAAUGAAAGCGAGCUCCGUCGCUUCGAAGACUGCGCCAACGAAAACGAGACCCUGGCGGAUUGCUGGGCAGGCGACCAGAUCGUCAUCGUAGCCUGCGAGCUAUCAGACAGAUACCAGUACGCCGACCAACGCAAUUCCAGAGCGAUAGAGAUAAAUGUCAUGUCACCGGCGGGCAAGCCUAUAUGGCGAUCCUUACCUCUGGAUGACAAGAAGCACGACGCCUUCAAGAAACAUUGCAGCACCAGGACAAUUCGCAUGCUAGAGAAGUCGAAAGUCAAUAAGAGCCUCCAGCCAAAGCCGUGGUCGUGGUACAACGCUGCCGCUGCGCAUGAGACGUUUGAGCUCUACGAGGAAAAGGCGACGGCCAAGGCUCAAGAGACGUUUGAUGCGCUGGGUGGUCCGGCGUACGCGACGGUGUGCGUUGUGAGCUACGAUCUUCGGGAGACCAUGGCCGCGCUGGAGUUGUUCAAGGUCAAAUUGCCCUCUAAGGUUGUGUUUGUGGACUUGAUCAAGGUACUGGAGCACCAGACAAGGGGCGAGGAGGUCCUUCCGGAGCGGCUAAGGAAGUACACCGACGACAACAUUGCGAUGAGGAACGGGAGGCUUGAUAGGCGGCCUGGGACGCCCAGGGGCUAUCUCGGGAUGCCAAGCAUAAGGUUGUUGGAGGUGGUUGGGCCUGCUGCCGAGAGCCAUAGGGCGGAUCAUAAGAAGCUCGAAAAGGAGAAUGUGGCCCUGGAGAAGAUUGCCAAACGGAUUCGCAACGGAUAG